AAAAAAAAAUCUUUGGUUUUCAAGCCAAACAUUUGAAGUGUGAAAAUCAUUGAGAAAUAGCAAUUAGGACAAUUGUCUGUAUUUAGAGAUACUUAAUAAAAUUUUCGAAUUAUCAUCAUUCAUGUUCCUAACCGAUAAUCGAAUGAGAAUAGGUUACCUACACCAACAUACUUCUUUUACUUUAUCAUCAUCAGUUGACAAAUUCCAAAUUUUGUUAAAGUGAUUUUUAUCUGUGAACAAAUUAUUUAACCAUUAAACAUCCUUCACAUUUUAAACUAAUAAUUAACACGAAACACAAAAUGAAUAUAAAUUAAUAUUUGAUGACUUAAUGCAGACUUUAAAUAUUAAUUGAAUCUAACACAAGUAGGUAGUUAUGUAAGUACCAGGUACCUAUAGUCUCAUGUUAGGGAUGGGUAAGAUACUUUCAAAUGUGUAUUUAGAUACCUACAGACAUUUUAUGUAUUUAAAUACUAGAUGUUUAAUACAAUAAAAUUAAAAUAUGAAGUAGAUUUUUCACUCAUGCAGUAUCUUAAAAAUGACAUGGUUAUUUAUUUGAAAUAUUCUUUAAGAUUCUCAAAAAUUUCCUUCCCCUAUUUUCAAACAAUCACUUUCAAUUUUUAAUAUAUUUUUCAUAAAUCUGUGGGAGGAAAUCACUCAGCUUACAACCUUUGUGCAAAUUACUUCAUAUAGAACAGCGGUUUUAAAAUUGUGGUAUGCAUAGGGAGGCCACCUCUCCGGUUUUCACCCAGAUACUCUGGUUUUACAUAUAAAUUUACGGGCUACGGGUUCAUGAAUUAAUCUCUUGGUCUUUGUAAAAUUAAUACUAUUUAUAUAAUUAUAUUAUUUGUUGAUAAACAUCGAGAACAAUGAUUUUCAUACGUCAAAAAUAAAAUAACAAUUUAUUGACUUGUUAUUAUACAUUAAAUUUGUACAUAAGCGAAUAGGCACAGUAUCUUUUGCAAAUCAUCUUUUUAUUUGUGUGCUUAUUGGCCUGUGCCUCCGGGUCUACCAUCAUUCAAAGGUGGCAACCCUAAGUACACAGUAGGCAACUAGAUCAUUGUGGUGCCCAAAAGGCGUCAUAGUAAAAGUACAGAAAAUGAAUUAAUAAAUAUUUGUACAAAUGUUUUUAAUCAUGCUAAUACUAUUUUAGAUUUUGUACUUUUCAUAUCAAUUAUAUUGUAGUAUUUUACUGAUUAAUACUAUUAUCAUUCUGAAAUAAAUGUAGACAUUAUGAAUAGUUCAACUUUUAGUCUUCUGUGGAACAUGACAGAUCUAUAAUAUAUAUAAUUGGCAUGUAAAAGAAUUUUGAGAACUUCUGAAAUAGAUUUUCUAGAUACUCGAUAUUAGAUACAUUGAUUUCAGUAGAUACCACUAUAUAAGAUAGGUAGAUACUUGAUACUUUCAUCGUAAGUAUUGCCCAACUCUGUCAUUUGUAAAGCGAUUACUCUGUACCACUAAGCUUAUUCUCUUGACAUAAUUUGUUAAGUCAAUUACUUUGUAUGUGAUUAAUUUUUCCGAAAUUAUUGAAUUUGGUCUUUGAGCACUUUUAUUGUCGCAUCUAGUGGCACAUAUGAAGGGCGUUACCAUUUAUGUCCCCACACAUGCUUAAAAAUACUUCUUUUCCUUUGCCUUCAUCCCAACUAUUUAGGUUCAGCCAACGCUUAAAAAUACAACAAUAGGUAUUUAUUUAGUAAUUUCACCUUAAAAUUAAAUAUUUCAUCAUUAUUAGCAACAUUAGGAAAAAAGCUUGAUUUAUUAAAUUGUGUUUUUGUGGAUAAGGCUUUUAAAUUUUCACCGUCUAGUUAGGUAUAACAAAAAAAGAUUCUAUGAUGUAUUCAUAAAUCAUGGUAAUUAUUUACUACAUGUCUAUAUGCCUUCUCAUUGAAAAUUUCUAAGCACGUCACUGGUCACAUUAAUUCACAAGAAGUAUUUUUUCUACCCAAAAUGCUUCUUCGCUAAAAUAUUCUGUAGGCCAUCAUUUACGUUAAUCAUUUUUGUGUAGAUUACGUCAUAAAAAUAAACAAGUUUUACUUUUAACUUAAUUUCCAUAAUUAGGUAUAAAUCGCAGUGAUUAAUAAAAACAUAAUUCUCAGCAUGUUUCUAAAUUUUAGAGCUUCCAAAAAAUGCAUUUGAAACAAUCUAAUUUUUCAACACUUAAGUAUCAUAUUUUUAAAAAUAAAUUAACGAAAAUUGUAACGCGUCUUUUUAAAGUGUUUAUUUUUUAACUGUUUAAAUUUUAGCUAUAAGUUGUUAUUAAUUAGAUUUAGGUGAUAAUAUAUUUUCUAUGUUACCGCACUACCACACCGUUCUACACAUGCUUUUAAUUAGUAUUUAAACCUAAUAAAUAUACCAUAAUAUACAUUUAAUAAUUAUUCUUAAAAAUAAUAGGUUUUAUUAUAUUUUUAGAAAAAAAAAUCACCUUGUAGUUUUUAUUUAAUUCAAAUGUAAACGUAUACCUACGUUAGAAAUCGUAAAAUGUAAAUGUGAUAUAGCUAGGUACCUAUUUACUAAAGAAUAUUCUUUUUCUACUUAUAUACGUCAUAAAAAUUUAUCGAAAUUUAUUUUUAACGUUUCUUUAUUAAUAUUAUUAUUAUUAUUAUUUAUUUUUUUUUUUUACUGUAGUUUAAUAUUAGGUAAUGUUUAUGCGUUAACUUUUUUUUUUUAAAUGUUCCUUGAUUAAUCGACAUCUUUAAAUUUUUCUAAAUUUUAAAUACCACAUCGUCGCCGCUGAUUAGAUGUAACAUUUUCGGAUGUCUGCGGAUGAUCAUCAGUAUUGUGCGUGUGUAUAGGUGUAUGUUUAAAGUUUUAUAUACGAGUACUUAAGUAAAUUACAGAUUCUAUUCUUUAUCGUUAUUAUAGGUACCUCUUACCUGCAGAUUAUUUUUAUUUUUGCAUAAAUCUUUAUUAAAUGUACACAUUCUCAUACACGCAUACACGGGCGCGAGCGCGCGCGCACACACACACACACAUGCACGCGCACAUGCACACACACAAAACGCACACAUUUCCCCCCAAAUGUAAUAAUUUGGGCCGUUAAACAAAAGUAAGAAAAACUAGUCUAUAAGAGAGUAAUUUACCAUCUAGUGUCAAGUCAGUUGUGCAUGUAACAAGAUACCUGUUGGCCGGUAUCCUCGUGGAAGGUCUAUCGAAUAUCGUUUUUUGUAUAAGACAAUAAUAUUAUUAUAACAUGUAUAUUAAUAUCUAUAUAGAUUGUUAUAUUCAAGAAAAAUAAUUUUUACACGCGCACACACUUAUUGUCUUAUAUAUAUAUAUAUAUAUAUAUAUACAAAGUAUACCCCUAAUAUUUGUUACGGAAUUGUAAAUUUUCAAAAAAGUGUUCAAAUUGUUUUCUAUACACCUAUUAUAAUAAUAUUAAUAUAUUUUUUUCUUUUUAAUAAAUUAUUUUUUUAAUAUAAAAUAUAUAUUAUGUAGAUUAUUGUUUAUUAUUGUUUUCGUAUCCGUUGUCGUGUAACAAUUUUAUUUCAAUUAUUAUAUCAAUCACGAUGGCCAUCGUGGUGAAUAUUAUUAUCUUUACCCGAUGACGAACAUCGUACACGGGUAUCAUCAUCGGCAUCGUCAUGUAUCUAAUAAUUAAUCAACCGGAUGUAUUUUAAAAAAUAAACGUAUCGUCGAUAGUAACCGCGAGUGAUGUUGAAAAAUGUGAUUCUCAAAAUACGGGUUUAUGGCCUCGAAAAAAAAUAAUCAUCGUAGUGUACACCCGCUUUGAACGUAAUAGUGCGCGUGAAAAAAUCGAAUUCGUAAUGUGGAAUCGGAAAUCCGUAUUCGUCGUGCUGUCCAUUUGUAUCAUACAGACGAACAGUAUUCAAUGGCUGUAAGUAUUACCUAAUAUAAUAUUCUUGAAUAAUUAUUAUGAAAACGAAUAAAAAAAAAAUUGUAAUAUCCUAUUUAUUUGGAUAGCUGCAUAUACGCGUUUGUCACUAUAUCUAUAGUAUGUGUUUACUAAUCGAAUUUACAUAAACAUAUAUUAUAUCGGUUAGCUUACAUAAUUUGUCGUUGAAUUAGUUUCAUAUACACACAUCGUUGUACCAUAUACGAAUAAAUACUUUAAUAUUAAACAAAUAGUGUUAUAUUCGACAACGUAUAAUAUAAUAAUACGGGUACCUAAUCCACUUAGGGUUGGUGACUUUCAUAAAUUACGCGAGUCUUCGUUGCAGUCUUUACAGUUAGAACGUCAUUUCGGAAUUUCAAAAUGCAUAGUUAUAAUUUGAAUUUAAAAAAAAAAAGACAACCAUAUAAAAAAACAAAUCUCAAUCGUUUCUACUGUUAAUAUAUUUAAGACGUUUAGCCGUGCGUACAAUCUCGGCGAAGGUAUUGAUAGAAAUGCAUUACCAACAUAUUAUAAUGUGGACGAUGGUGGGAUGAUGAUUGUUUUGCAUUUUGUAAUUGGAUAUGCGUACGUUCGUUUUCGCACUAGGGUUUUCCGUAUAAACGGAUCGAUUAAUUUGUCAUGUCGAUCGGAUUUUUUUUUAAAUAUUUUUUUUAUACGAUUUCAUUAAUCACUCCUUAAAACCUAUAUUCAUAACUGCGCAAUAUUUACGCGUGUGUCUGAAUCUGUAAUAUAUUAAUAUAAUUCGAGUCGCGAGUUAAAUGUAGGUAUUACGAUAUAAAAUAUAAAUACAAUAUAUUAUGUCAGUGUGCAUAAUAUGUUUAUCAACUACUUAUAAUAUCAAGAUACAGAGGCUUAAUUUCAAAAACUGCCGCACACAUAUUAUGUGCAUCUUAUUUAACCUCGCAAAUAAAAACGUAAUAUGAUAUUACGAAAAUGCCGGGUUGUGAUUGGACUGUCCUUAUUGAAUAUGGGCGUGAAUAAAUUAUACUUUUUAGACGUUCGUUAAAUUUUCUUCUCUGUGAAAAUCAAGCCCGCAGUUAGUAUAUUAUAUAAUAUAAAAUAUUAUAAUAUUAUAUUAAUAUUAUAAUUGUCAAAUAAACAGUGAAAAACAAAAAAAAGGUUGAAAUGUGCGUAUAUCCUAUAGUUAUGGUAUUAUUAUGACAUAUAUUAUAAAAAAGUGAGUAAUAUAAUGUGGUUACGAUGAUUUCGUUUGAUUUGAACUUUAUUAAAAUACAUUUUAGAAAUUUGAAAUUGACUAAACACUAAAAACUGUUCCGCGAAAUGGAACCCGAUGAAAGUUCGGCUAUAUUAUUUAAAAUUUAAAUAGAUACCUGCCUACCUACUUAAUAUGUAGGUAUAAAAUGUCACUACCCAGGUAUAUAUAUAUAUAUAUAAAAAAAAAAACCUAUGAAAUAUAAUCGAAAUUUAUCGACCAACGUAAAAUGUAUAAAAAGGAAAUGAUAAUUAAUUUUUCGUUUUAAUAUCGCGUUUUUUUUUUUUUUUUUUUUAUAUAGAAGAACUAGGUACGGUUUAGACUUAUAUUAUUAUUAUAUGUUAAGUGCAGCUCGUGCGUAGGUAUUGAAUACCGCCUAUUAAUUUUUUCUUGUAGAUAUUUGAAAUUAUAUAUUUCGCUAUAUAGGUAUAUAUUAUCUCCGACGGUACUCUACGUCUUCUUCGAUACAAUACCAAUGCCUAUAUAUUAUUAUAUUUAAAUAUUAUGUUAUUAUGUCGUUAAUUUUGAAUAAUUUAUACGACUUUUACCUAUAAUUAUAUUUUUGAGAUCUCGGCAUUUAAUAAUGAACGUUUUUUCGAUAUCUAUACGGUUCCGAAGAUUUAUUGCACGUGAAAUAUUAAAUUAUAAAAAUCUGUUGAUAUAAAAUUAUGAUUGUCACUAGUGACGAUAAAUCAAAUUUCAGAUUUAUUAUGAUUUUUUAUUUUAUUUUUUUUUCUGUUAUGAUAUUGCAUUGAUUGCGAAAAUCAAUUACAAAAACAAUUUUAUCAACAAUUUCACCCACGGUUAGGUUAUGUUAUAGCUUAGAUUUUUUAGAUGCGUGGGAUUCUUAUUGUUAUCUCGCGUUUCGUAUUUAAAUGCAUAGGUUAAUUAUUAUUAUUAUUUUUUUAAAUGUUGAUUAUUUACCGUGCGUUAAAAUCCGAUCAAGUACCUAGGUGUCUAUAUUAUAUCUUUAAUCUCAGGAAAGAAGGACAUAUGCUACACUGAAGAUCUUAAGUCAUUAUGAUAUGUAUUUUUUGUUUGGAAAAAAAGAAUAUGUUUAUUGUGCAGAAAUUUAACCAUUUAGCGAUUUUCAAUAUAUUUUAAUUUGCUUGUAUUAAAAAUAUAAAAAAAUGACUUAAGCCCUUCUUCCCCGGGACCAAAGAUAUUAUAUUAAUAACUUUUCAUAAAAUAUGGUACACAUUUUAUAAGGGAUUAUGUAGCAGCUAAAAAAAAUAAUAAUAAAUAAAUUCAAAAUAUAAUUCUUCAAUAUAUUAUGGUUUUAGGUUCGCUUAGGUUACCUAUAUGAUUUUUAAUUCGAUUCACGUAUUUAUUUAAAUUAUUAUUAUUAUUCGUAUUCGUAUAAAAUAUGAAAUUAUCCAUACCAAUUUUCAUGUAAAAUAUUAAAUAUAUUAUAUAAUUAGUAUAUGUGCAUUGUAUUAUUAUAUUACCUGUAUCAUAGGCGGAGCUACGGGUAAGCCAACUAUAUGACUGGGCACACCCUGUUGGUAUAAAAAAAAAAAUGUAAAUACCUAUAUGAUAUACAUUCAUAUUUACAGUAAUUAUUUUAUUGUUGAAAAUAAAUAGUAAACAUGACACAUUUUGAUGAGGGCGAGAAGGGAAAUUAAAAAUUUGAUCGCCAUCUCGACUCGAGAGAAAUUAAUAACAAACGUUAAAUAUACUAUCAUUACUGACUUAUUGUCGUUACAUUAUAAAGCUAAUGUAUAUGAUUAAAAUUUCAUAAAAAUAAAAUAAUAAUUUUAAAAUGAAAUUUAAAAACUAACUAAUAAACUUAAAAAGGUCUAUAUAGAAAACGGAAAGAAAUUAAUUUUUUAAAAAUUAUACAUUUAAAUUUAGUCUUAAUCAUUAUUGUGGACCAGAAUGCAUUAUUCUUUACGAGAUCUAGAAAAUUAUCUUCCGAAACACGAGUAGACAUAUUUUAUUGUUUGUUCGUUUCGUCAAUAAAAAAAAAAAUGCAAAUUACGCAAAUAUAAUGCAGAUUUAAUAAUAUUAGAAUUAUUACGGUAUAUUUUAUUCUAUAAAAUAUGAAACCCGCGCGAGAACAAUGCAAUAAUAAUGAUAUAUUAUAACGACGAUAUUUCUGUAUAUCUUCUUGACGUAUCUAUAGUCAAUUGUUCGGUAUCCACAAACAUAAUAUAACAUUCAUAGAUUACAAUACUAUUAUAUAUACUCGUAUAUCAUAUACGUAUACGAUAAAAAAUAUACAAUGAAUACGAACAUCGGAGACUAUUAAAACACCUACCAAUCACCAUGAUAUAUACAUUUUCGACUGUCUAAAAGUAUUAAAAAAAAACAGCGCGUAACAUUAUACAGUCUUAUCAGAUUCGCCCAAAAGUGGGCAAGGUAAUGAAAAUAAUUAAUUAAAUUAAAGUAAUAAACAAAAAAAGCCUUCAAGUGAACAAAGUUAACAAAAAUAAAUUUAAUCAGUUAAGUUAAAAGUGCAAAAUGGCGUUGCUUUACUUUUUAUUAAACUUAAAAGUUAAUACUUUUUACAAUACUGAUAUUCAAUGUAAUAAAUAAUGUAUAUUUUUUAAUUUUUAUAAACUAAAUCGCAGUGCAACGAACAGUAAGAACAGUCGGAUAACGUAUCAACUUAGGGUUCCAUUUAGGUAUAUAUAAUUAUAUAAUAAUAUAGUUUUACACAUUUCGUUCAAUAAUUUUCAUUGAAAGUGUUUAUAAAGAGCUACUUUCUUAAAUGUAUGCAGAAUUUUUAAUCGCAUGAUUGGAAAGUUAUAUGGAGACAAAUUUAUUCUUUAUAGAUCUUAUUUGUUGAGAAAUAUGCAUCUAUAUAAAAGACUGUCGCUUUAGAACCUUAAUUUAAUUUUUAAAGACCUUUUUAACGAUAUCCCACAUGAUGGGGUGUGCGAAAAAUUAAAAUUGUGUCCAUUAAUUUUAUUUAUUAAAAUAUACCUAUAGAAAACGUGCGUACAUUUUUUGUUGACUGCGCAAUUGUUUGGUGGUUCACUUAAGACACCUCUCUGUGGAAUUUCAUCAAAAUUGAUGGAAAAAUGGCUGAGUUAUAUCCUGAUAUCUGAUCAAGUCUGGGACAAACGGACAUGAUGAAAUUGUAUAAAGGUUCCGUUUUUGCCAUUUUGGCCACAGAUAUAACAAAAGGUCUAAACAAGGACAAUAUUCUGGUACUUUGUUUAAUCGUUCCUCGCCUCAGUCAUUUAUCGAUUUCAAUGAAAACCCCCCAGAUUUGCUUUUAUUAUUCAUAUGUCAUGCGUGUAAAUAUACGAUUAAAAUGCAAAUAUUAUUCAGUGGGUAAUAUAAAAUUGUUAUCUUGAACUUAUUAAAUAUUUACUUUACGUCAAUACUUAUUAUUGUAAUAAAAUUAUUAUAAAUGCAAUAAUGGGCUAUUGUAAAUUAAUUUGAAAAAUGAUUGGUAUCUAUAAUUUAGUUAAUUUAUAUGAGUUUUAGUGACGUGUUUGCAUGAUUGCAAUCGUGUUUGUAUAAUAAUUUUUAACGAAAAAAAAUUAUCAAACAUGCGUUUAAUGCCAGUUUUCAUUAAAAAUUGGAUUAGAGCCAAACUAAUUGUUUAAAUUAAACUACUAUAUUAUAUAUUUACGAAUGAAAUGUGACGCAUUUUGAAAGUUAGUUUUUAAAUUCCUUUUUAAUCAUGUAAAUUAUUAAAUGUGAUGUUCACCUACUGUUACAGACAUACUAUUUUUCAUUCUGUUUAUCAAUAGGUCAAUAGGACACUCAUGCCAAAUUAAAAAUGUUCGAUGUUUAAAAACUAUUAUUUGUUCAAAGUGACUGCGAAAUAAUAUAUAAAUCGAAUUUUUUUAAAUUUGACCCAUUAUUUGUAUUUGUUAUAAAUUAAUAUCAUCAAUUCAAAUCUUUUAACUUAUCAACUUUUUUAAUUUUAAAUCGAUUACAUUUGUUUUUAUCCUUCUAAAAUUUGUAUUCAAAUUAGAUACUUAUUCGUAUUGGUUAAAGUGGAAAGGAACGGAAUACCCCUUCUUAUUUCAGUAAAAAUUACCAGUAUCUUUCAGUUUAAAUCUUCGAAGUUCGAUGGAACACUAUAGUCAAUGACAUUUUAAAAAUUCGAAUGUUUUAUUAAAUUUUUAGUGUUAUUUAAUACAUUCUACAAAAUGUAUACCAAUUAGUUUAUUCACAUUGCGACUUUAUUUUCACUGAGAAGGUAUAUUCAUAGGAUAAUAUCUGAGGGGAGAGAGAUGCGGUUUAUUCGUAGAAAACGAUUUCGAAGGUCUUAUUUCCACAAUAGAUUUUCUGAAAGUUUGGUUAGGUUCAGUCAGUUCUCGGGAACGUCCCUCAAUUUUCGGUAUAUAUAGUCUCUCAUCGAAGAUUUUCCUCUUUAACCGCUGGGUAUUCGUAAAGUAUUGAGGUAUACUAUAGGUAUAAUAGUUAAUGUCACAAUAUUAUUAUUAGUAUAAUAAUAUAUAUAAUAGUUUAUAUGUAUAAUAAUUGUGCAAUAUCAAAAAAAUCAAUUAUGAAUAAAUAUCGUAUAAAAUAUAAUCAUCGUGCAUCCAGCGGAUUUCGUAUAUUAUACCGGAAUAACAAGUAGAUUAUAAUAUAGUGUUGAUUUUAUUUUAGUAAAAUGUUUAGUAUUUGUAUAUUUUAUGUAUAAUAUUAUUGUGUUUAAUAAUGGAACUGAUGGCAUUAUAACGAAAAUGCCACUUUGCAAUGUACUUGUAAUAUAUCUAUAUAUUCACGUUUUAAUGUACUUAAUAUAUAUUUAGGUAUACCUAUAAGUUCUUAUGUAGUAAUAAUUUUUAAAUGUUUUAAGUAGUUGCUAUAUAUUAAUCUGGAAGAAAAAUACGGCCAUACCUAAUAUAUAACGACGUAAACAACCAAGAAAAAAAUAAAACUAAAUUCCAUAUGUUUGUUACAUAAGUAGGUACUUAUACCUAUAUAUUUAUUAUUUGUAUACUUACAUGUUCAAUAAUAUAUUUAUGUAUAUAGGCACCUAUAAUAAAUAAAAAUCUGACGUAUUUAUAGUAUACUUUGGGUUGACUUCUGUUUUGAGUGGACCGUAAUGUGCAACGGCGUUGGUCGGUUUAUAUUAUUAAUACUUAUUAUUUAAAAUUUAAAAUAGUGAUUAAAUAUUAAAUAACAUACUAUACUAUACUAUACUAUACGGCUUUUAGUGACGUUUUUCGUGAUUUUUAAGACGUAUAGGUACCGCUCAACUGAGAAAUUAAAAAUGUCACAUUUAUUAAUUAACAUAAUUAAUAAAUAAUAUAUAUCAUCUAUUUAUCUCAAUUUUAAUUAUAAAGGACAGUCUUCGGGAAUUAUUAUGACGUAUGUAGACUGAAUUUUCAACCAAGUGCCUUUGAGAAGUUUAAUGUAGGUAUACUAAAAUUAAAUAUGUUGAAAGUAUAACAAAUAAACCGUUAUUUGUUUUUCAAAAAUAAUUGGUAUUAAACUGUCAAUAAGUAAAAAACUAUUUUCUUUUAAUAUGCAGAUUAUCAAGUUCUAUGAUGUUAUUAUAUAUAUAAAGUCAUUUAUACAAAUGAAUAAAUACAGUAUAGGUAUGUAUGAAAAAUAAGCACACAUAUAAUUGAUUUUUUCUCGACUUGCCAAUACUCGAAAUCUUAAUUCACGUGUAUGUGAAUUAUACAUUCAAAUAUACAUACAUACGAAAUAAUACAUACUUUAUACAGUAAAGUAUAAUUUCGUGACUACAUAAAUUAUAAUUUAUUAACAAACCUGUCAGUCUGUCAGUGUAUAAUACAUAAAUAUAGGACAUAGGUAGGUCGUAGGUGCCCAUUAUAUUUAAGUAGUGCUAUAAACCGACACCUGUAGAUUACUAUAAUUAAAUUGUAGGAACGAGAUAUUAUUCCGGGUUCUAACAUGCACUAAAAUCCCACUGCGUGUUAUUGUUGCAUAGUUCAUAAACUAUAUCAAAUAUAUAAAUUAUUACUAAUGAAAUACGUUUCUCAGCGUAGUUCGGUUAAAUAUGUAUUGAUAAAUUAAACAAUAGCAACUAGUUUUGUCAUGCUUGUGGCCAAAGUAACUUAUUAAUCAACAAAAAAGUGCAAUAUUUUCAUUUUGAAAGUACCAAUAACUUUUUACCAGAUACUCUUUAGGGGUUUAAUUUUAUAAUAGAAAGUAGACAGUCACCUUUCCUUUGUUUUGAAUCUCAAUUGUGAACAAUUUCAUCCAGAUUGGAAUAAAGUUGUAGGUUUGUAUGAAAAGCCAAUUUUAUCGAACUUGAUUUUAUGAUUUUUCAAUGCUGAAUAGUUUAUAUAAUUUGUUUUGAAUAAAACACGGUCAAUGGACUAUAAGAUGAGUCAAUCCUUGAUAUUCCUCCCCUAGGUACACCACUCCUAAUAGUAUAACUAUUUUCCACAGUUUUAACCUACAGUUACUUCUAAAGUCGACGAUCGGAACAUGAUUUCUGGUAGAAAAGUGAUUUAUAGACAGAAAAACAACAUUUAUCUACAUUAAAAAUAAUGCUGUACGCUAAUUAGAAUCUAACAAUAUCUAUAUAUACUGCACGACAACUUGUGUGUUCUUUCAUUUUUCGUCACUCUUGUUAAGUUAAAACAAACCAAAAUAUUAAACUAAAAUAAUAAUAUUACGAAAUAUAAAUACCUAUUAUUUUAAUAUUACAUGAUUGAUGAAGAAAGGCUUUUCAAAAUAGAAAAUAUUACAAACGUCAAUACAUUAUUGGUAUCAUAUUUUAAUACAAACAUUUACAAAAUCAUGAUACCUGAUACCUGAUGAUACAUGAUAUUUAUAUAAAAAUAUAAAUAGGUACAUCGUUCAAUAUAUUAUACAUUUAUUAUGAUUCCGUUAUCAAUUAAUACAAAGAUAUAUUUGAGUUUUCUAUUUAAUAAAAAUAUUUAAUUAUCGAACAUUUUUUUUUUUUUUAAAUAAUAUUUAAUUUUGAACAUUUCGGCCACUCAUAAGCCAAAUGCCCGAUGGUCCUACAGGCCACUCCGCCGCUGUUUCUCAAUACAACAAAUAAAUUCAAAAUGCUAUAAACCUAGUCAAUUUUUUAUUGGAAUAAGAUUAGAAAAGUAGUUUAGAAAAUUGUAGAAAAGUUGUUUACAGACAGAACAAAAAAAAUCGCACACACUAUAAUAGAAUCAAUACAUUCUCCGCUUAUACUUAUCCUGUCCAAAAUCGAAAAUUUAUAGUAAAAAUAUAUAACGUUUAAAAUACUUGAGAGCAAUUUAAUAUAAUUGGCCGUUUUACUGAAAUCGUAAAAUCAGACAAAUUUGAGGCGUUCGAAAAUAGAAAUACCCACCUAUUAUACAUUGAUACACGCGAAUAUAAAUUGACUGUAGAUAUGUAUAUAGAACAGUUAUCUUAACUAUAAAUCAUGUAUUAUAGAAGUCCGAAGUAGGUAGGUAUAUAAAUACUAUACAUUUUACAUAAGUUUUCUUGAAUAAAUCAUUACACGAACAACUAACGAGAUACAGUUGAAUACUUGCAGUGCCUACGUAAAAUAUUUAUUGCUAUAGGUAAUAUAUUAUAUACUAUUAAAAUAUAUAGUAUUAAAACCCUUUACUGCAUUAUAAAACCAUUUAACCGUGUGCCGUUUGCGAUUUGGAAUACAUUCGUAAAUAUAUAUAUAUAUAUAUAUAUAAUAUUGUUCUCGAAAUAUAUUUUUUAUUUUCAAUGUAAUACAGCACGGUAAUAAUCAACCACCCCUUCCCACCACACACAAUAGUUGCACCACAGGGUGCAUGGCUUACAUUUAGGUUUCAAUCAACCGUACAAAUUACAAUGAUAAAUUAUUAAAAAUCACUUGGAAAGACCUCGGUUUUGAAGCAUUACAGUUUCAGAAAUAAUAGGAAGAGGUUUUUAAAUUUGUAUAGUAUAAUAAUAAUAAAAGGGGUUUUGAGCGUUUGACCAACCUAUAAUAGUAUAAUACAACAAUAUUCUACAGAUAAACAUUUUAUAUCUAAAUUUAAAUAAUUUAAAAUAAUUUCAUCAUUUCUAACAGUCCUACAAAAUACGGUUCCACAAUUAUUCUCUCUGUAUACCUAUUACGAUUUUUAUAUUAUAAACAAGUGUUAAUUAUACCUAAAGUAUUAUUAUUAUAUUCUAAUAUUUUUUCAUAUUAGACCUCCCGAGUUUUAAAGGUUGUUAAAUACGUUUUCAAAUGAGUAGAGAGUGUUACAGAAACUGAUUAUAAAUUUCCUAUUUAAUUUUUCGAAGAUCAUAAAAAGUUGGUUAGGUGUUUAUGUGUCCUGUUUAAAUUCUUAAUACCUUUAUAUAUAAUUAUAUAUGCACCAAGGUUUAUUAUAGAGACAAUGAUUCAAUUUCCUUUCUCUUCAUGUAUAUAGCACAUACCUAUAUAGAUUGUAUAUAUUUAAAGACAAUUAUUUAGAUUGUUUUUUCACCCAAUAAUCAGUUUUUAUGAAUCGUUAGGAUUUUUAAAUUUUAUUGUUUUUAGAUCAGUACCAUUUACAUGCAUAUGAGUACCCGUGUAAUUGACAUUUUUAUCGGAUCAAAAUAUUUGAAUGGACGAAAUAAAAUGUAAAACAAUAUAGAAAUGUAUCGUGUUACCUUUUUAUAUUGCCAUAAUCCUGACCGGUUUUUUAAUCCUUCGAUAAACACCAGUAUAUGAAAAUUUAAAAUUAAAUAUAAAGUUAUCACUUAGUUAAUUAAAUCAUUAUUAUUAUUAUUUUUUUUAAUACUUUUCAAUAAAAACAAUAAUAAACCUUUUUACAGUGCAUAUGCAUUGUUUAACAUUAUAUUCGUUGUAUUAUAUCAUGAGUCUUUAUUUUAUGAAAUAUAUAUCGACAACUUUAAGUACUUUAGGUACUUAAAUUGCGUUAUAACAUUUAUAGGUAUUACCAGGUAGUGGGUACCUAGGUACUUAAAGUAUUUUCGAUUUUUAAAUUAUUAUAACGGAUAAUGUAUGUAUUUAUAUGUAAUGAAACAUAAAAGUAUUAUCAAUAAUGCGGUAAAAUUCGAUUAAGAACGGCAUUACGAAUACGAAUUACGGAAAUACGAUUGAAAGAAUUUGAAAAGAUUUUUUUUUAACAAUGUUACCAUAAUAAUGAUAUUGUAGUGGUCUAGUUUUACCAAAAAUGUUAUAUAUGUAAUCAUAAUAUUAUGGGGCUUUUUUGGGGUUAAAGUUUAAACGAUAUAUUUUAUUGCACACCGCAUGACAUGAAUGUUCACUACGGAAAUUGAAUUGUUGGAUAUUAUUAUAGAGUAGCUGCUUUAGUUCAUACUGUUAUCUUUUAUACUAGUUUUCAAUUAGUAUUAUAAUAAUGAAAACACUAGUCAAAACGCGUUGAGUAUAAUUUAUUAAGUAAAAGUUGCAAAUACAGUAGAAACUUGAUUAACCGUCAGUUACGGGACCGGAACUAUGACGGUUAACAGAAAUGUUGCAAAAAACGUAUAGGUAUAUUUUUACAAUGGUGUAUUUGCAGAUAAAAAUAAUACCAUACCUACUAAAAAAUUUUAAACAAAAUAAUCUAUCAUCUUCUUCUGUUUUUUUUUUUUUGAAGCAUGAGUUUAUUGAGCGGCAAUGUUUUGUAUUUUACGAAGAAGUAAGACAGUUACCAAUAACGGAUAACAGAUAGUGACGAUAAAUCGAGUUUCUACUGUAUAAUAUGUAAUAGGACGUGAGUAAGCGUAUACAACACUAUCACUGUGGGUAGUAGAAAGGUUAACUAUACAGUACACCACAGAUAAUACAGUUGAUAUCGGCGAUGCUAAUAACCCGACACCUUCCCAUUUAAGUAUUAAAAAAUAUAUAUGUUUAUAGGUGAAUUGUGUAUAAUGUAUACUUUAAAAAAAAAUUAAUUAAUUAAUUUUAUAAACCAGUAUGGGUUCACAAAUAUAGAUUUAACAAUAUUUAAUUAUAAGAAAAAAACAAUAGUAAUCAGUAUUAUGAAUAACUCAUAAAUUGCUUCACAACUCAGAACUUAAGUGACUAAAUUAUUCAUUAAAAUGUAGGUUUAUUAAUGAUAUAGAAAGUCAUUACUUCUUUUUAAUUUAACUACGCGUUGGAGCUUGUAAUUUUCAGUUGACAAACUAUUGUCUAUUCUUAACACUAUUCUCAGGCACGCCACUGACAUCUCCAGUUGCUUUAAGUUCACUCACUACCCUCAACGUUAUUUUCCUUACCACCUACAUGUCUAUUUCUCAUGUGCCUUGAAUUGUUGAAUAUCUUACCUUAAUUAUCCUUGGGCAGAUAAGAUUUGGGAAUUUUCAGUCUUUUAAUUUUUUUACCAGAUAUUCAUUAUUUUUUAGAAAUAGUAUCAACUAAUACACAUUAAAUAUUUGAUAUUUACUUGAGAAUCUAUUAUAAUAAUUAGCCUGUAAGGCUGUAACAUUUGUUUGUUUUGUAUUUUAUUUCUAUUGUCUAAUCUCAUCCUCACAUAUAUUUUUUGGUUUUAAUAACUCAGUUAGUACAGGUAAUUUAUUUUCGGAUUUAUGUAUAUAACUGUAAGUAAAUUCGUUGACUAUCGGUUAAUGCUAACUAAAAAUAUGUACAAUAAAGGUAUACUGUCAAUGUUUGAGCACGUUGAGUAACCGUAUUAUUAUUAUUAUCGUGCUAUUAAUGCUACUGGUCACUAACAUUACAUUUACAUUAAUUUAUCAACGGUAAGUAGCUGAUAUUAGUGUUAUGUAUGUCAAAAUUUUAAAAUCAAAAGUUAAUACCCAUAUUACUUUAUUGGUGUAAGGACUAAGGAGUAGAUUGUUGGUGUACAAAUAUUAAAAUAAACAUUAAACAAUUUUAUAAUGAUAAAUGAUUGAAAAAAUAUAGAAUUUACUUGAAAUCCUCCGGAAAAUUUGAUAAAUCGAGAUAAAAUAAUCAAUCUGUAUAAUACUGUAUAGUGUUUAUUAUUUUAACAGGAAUGUGCACCUACAAAUUAUUACACGUACUAUAUAUUCUCGCUUAUAACCGUAUAAGCAUAAUACUUUAUGAGAACUCAGAACAUUAACUCAUUAUUACCGUUUUUAAAUAAUUUAAAAGUGGUAUAAUAAGUCAAUGAGAUAAAUCAGUUUAAAUCACUACAAUAAUACACAAUUAUAUUGUAGGUAUCUGUGUAACAUUAUAUAUUGUUGUUUACGAGUUACGAAAAUCACACAUCUUGAAACCCGCUGUAUUAACGUGAUAAUACACCUUAUAUACACACUAAUGGUGGGAUAUAUGGGAUACAAAAAUAAAUUAAUCAAACCAUUUUAUAUAGUAAAAAUAAAAUUGUUUUCUUUCACUGUUAUUGAGAUCGUCGGUCUCUUCCAGUUUUUUCUAUUUACUGUUACCACCUUUCAUUCCAAAUUUCAUCGUUCCUCUCCUAAAAAGUCUUGCUAAAUCAAAUCUUUCCAAUGAAGCUGUGGUCUACUUAAUAUUCUUUCAAAACCUAUAUCAUAUAAUAUAGUACAAUAUUACCAAAUAGUAAAUACUUCGUGUAGAAGUAACGUUUCGCUUAGGGAUGAAAAUAUUUACUGAGUUUUAUAAGUUUAUGAUUUACUUAUACAUAAUAUAGAUGAGACUAUAAAUACCUACUGCAGUAAACUGACCUAUUUUGAAAAGUCUUUUUCUUCGAUAUUUUUAUUUUAAAGCAAGUUAAUUAUGCGCUUAUUGUUCAAAUUAUUACCAAUGAUGAAAGGUGUUUGUAUCUAUACAUUUUUUAGAUAAUGUUGUUGAAAAAAGAACAGAGAGAAUAUUGCAGAUUUGUAUCGGGUUAUUUUUAAGAUAAUCUGUUAGAUCAUUGUACUGCAGUAAUAGUAGGUAGGUAUUAAAAACGGAAAAGCUUAUUUGGUAGCAGGCAUCGCGGUUCUGCGACUGAAAGAGAAUUUUCAAUUCUAUAAUCGUGUAAAAAAAAUAUGUCCAUGACGACCUCUUCUUCUUAUUACAUAUGAUGUAAUUUAACUGCACCGUGGGAGGUAAAAUAUGCGAUAUAAAUAGGUAGAUAAGUAUAAUACUCGGUUUUACGAGGGCUUGUUGUACCACCCCUAUAUAUUAUUAUAAUAAAACAGACUAGGCGCAUAAUUGCAAUCGUAUUUCCAAUCAAAUAUAGAGGAAUCGUUCGGGUAGGGUUUAAUUGGAAAGAUCGCUAACUAUAAAGGCUAAAAAAAUACUUAUAUAUAAAUAUUGUGUAAUCGUGCCGCUGCAGAACUCCGAUGGCGACAAUAAUAAUCGAACACAAAAGAUUUUUUUGUUUCCCCCCCCCUUUAAUUAGAUAUAUCUCAUAAUAAUACACUUCAAGAGAUGUUUUCGUUUUUGGAAUCGCAAUGCGCACUGAUGAUGUGUACAGAUAAUAACAAUCGUAUUUGUAUUAUGACGGACCACCGACAUCCACCGUAUCUGUUUUACUUACUACAUAAUAGUUCUGAUAAUUGAAUGGUUGAGUUGACAUUUUUUAUGGUCGAUAGUAGAUAACAGAUCCGUAGUGAAAGAAGAGGCGGAAAGGACACAAGACUUCAAAGGUGCAAAAAGAAAAUGUAGUUUAAUCUAUUAAAUCGAAGACUUUACUCGACAACAAAAAACAACAUAAAUUUUAUUCGAAUACCUAUUUAAAUUUUGAGUGUAACUAAUUAAGAUGUGUUUUUUUUUUCAUCAAAUAACACUUUUUGUGUACAUUUCAAACGCUCCGAUUUUUUCAUUUAUUCGAAUCUAAAAAGAUAUCAGUUUUCACCUCAUAGUAUUUCAUUUGAACGAAUUUUCUAGAUUCCCGACAGUUAUUUAUAGAAAAUGUUUUUCUAUAUUUCUGUUAUUUAUUACACACGAAUCGCAAAAAUAGCUUUAUUCCUUUGUCGGAGACUUGUUUUAUGCAGAUCUAGAUAGAUCCGCAUAAAUGAUAAAUGCGUCAAUGGUACCCACAACUGUACUUGCUAUAGUAAAGUUAUACCUAUAGAAUGAAUUAUUUAUUAAAUUUAUUGAAAUUUUAGAUUCUGAGUGAAAUGAGAGAUCUAUUGUUUUUAUUAUGAUUGUGUAUUUUUUUUUUGUCUGUAAACAACUUUUCGAAAAGAAAUCUUGCUCUAAUGUAUAGAGUAUAGACGUACAGUAUUCCUUUUCUGAAAGGAAAUUUUGUCUACUUAAAAAUAUACGUAAAGAUUUGAAAUUUUGACAUAAAAUUUAUAUUCGCUUUUUUUAGAUCUGGUAAAAUUUUCAAAACAUCUGAGUAAUUUUUGAGUUAUUUAUAGACUUUUAAAUUUUUCGAGUUAUUUACGUAAUUUUUUUAAUAGGUACUCUGUGGAUAAAAUUAUGAGAUUAUACAGAAAUGUUUGAAAAUUUAACAUGAGAUUCAUUACAAGUUAUACAUAAUAAUGAAAAAACAAAAAAUUGAGUAUAACACAGUAUUAUUUUUUUUAAAAGUUUUAAAUUCAUAUUUAGACGAAAAUCGUAAAUAUUAUGGCUAUUUAAAACAUAUAUAAUUGAACUUCGCUCCAAAUCGUUUUUCGUUAGUAACGGUUUAUCGUUGCUUACAGGUAUAAACUAAAUCAUCGUAUAAAUCCCAAAAUCUUCCAACUACUCAUCUACAAUCUAGCCGCACACGUCCCCAGUAUUAGCUUUCCUCGUGGUUCGUAUAAUUAUAUGUGAUAAUAUGUAUGUAUUGUUAUAUUUUUAAGACAUUUUCUAUUUUAGGAAUGGGUGAAAUAUAUUUCCCCCCCCCCGUUAGAGAGGCCGUUAGGUACGUCACUGUAUUUUAAUUUGUAUUACUACUACAUUAUGUAAUAAUAUUCACUUUGUUUAUAAGGAUAACGGAAUCUCAUCCAUUUUUUAAUAAUUUUAACCUACGUAGGUGAACAACAAUUCAAUAUUAUAUUUCGAUGAUGGCAAUCUACCACGGAUGAUAUUCUAUACAAAGGGGGAAGAAUUUAGAGGUGUUACUCUUUCUUCAAACGCAUAAUAUACUAGUUCUAUAGCUCAACUUAUUAACUUUAUUUUACUUAUGAACCUCCUCCGAAACACGUCCAAAAUGUAUUCUUAUGUACGUGACUAACGACGGAUUACAUUCAGGGAUAGGAAAGAUACUUCAAAACAAGUAUUUAGAUAAUUGAAACGUUGAUUUCCCGUAAAUUACUACAAAAACAAAAUCAAUAAUAACACUAUCCAUUAUAGCGUAAAUAUUUCCGUAUUGAUUUCUCCGAUCUUCCUAAAUCCCGAUAAUUAAGAAAAUUCCAAAUAAAUAGCUCAAAUAACUUAAAAUUUGUUACAAAACUCUCUUGUCGGUUUUCUAUAUUAAAUUUAAAAUCAAUUUUUCACAUGCAUAUGUAGUAUUUUGGAAGAUCAGUAGUUGUUUAUUUGAAAUAUUUUUUUAAAUUCUUAAUAAUUCCCCAUAAAUAUUUUUUGUACAAUCACUUUAAAAUUUGUUUUUAAUAAUAACGAAAAUCUAGGGAGAUUAUAAAUGACAGCUUCUUCUAACAGGCUACUUUCCCUCGCAUUGAAAUUUUCUGGGCACACCACCGAUGGAUCGAGGCGAUCUAUCUUAGUUUCAUUCCGUUCGGAAGUAGGUACUUGGAGCGAGGACAUUUCCCGUAAUCCUCGAUUAUAAUGUACAUUAAGUAGGUAUCUAUAAUAUAUUGUGUGUGCGAUUAUAAAGAUCGUAUUGCAUUUAAUGUAUUGGUCCCGGAAUGGUCCUUGUAGGUAUAGGUAAAUAUUGCAAUAAAUAUUAUAUGAUUAAUGAUUAUAGGUACGAAAACGCGUCGGCGACCGAGUGAAUAAUAUGCGUGUGCAAUAAUAAUAAUAGCAUAUUAUAUUGUAUUAAAAUUCGGAAAUCGGAAGUUUCGAAAUAGUUGUGCGUAUCGACGUAUCGUACAACGAAAUGUCUGAAAUUGUAAAUUGUAAUACAAUUUAUUUACAACCAUGUAUUACGUAUAGAAUUCGUAAAUAAGCUCGAAUUUCGAGGCAGAGGAUAAAUCUCCAAACUCCCCACCCCUGCGGGUUGUCACACGGCUUACAAUGCUUUUAUUAUUUUACAAGCAUAUUACGUAAAUCAAGGAUAAAUGGCUUAAGGUAAUUUUUGGCAUUAAAAUUUUGUGUUGAUAACAUUUCUUCACUUUAUUCAUUGGACUAAGUGGCAAAAGUGUAAUUUAUAUAUAAUAUAUUCUAACCCUUUAUGGUAUUCUAAAAGUUAAAAUACCUUGAGUCAUUAUAAUAUAUUUUUUGUUUGACAUGUAAGACAUAAGUCAUAACUAGAGUCCGGAUUUGUAUUCACUUGUAAUCUACAAAAAGGCGCUUAAAAACAUUGAAAAUCCCAGAAAUAAAAACUUACAAAAAUUUAAAAAAGCAAAAAUGAUAGAGGUAUUUAAAAGUCCUUCCACUAAUGGCUCUAACUCAUUAAAUUAAAUUUCUUAGCACUACAAAAAUGAUUCACUCAAAAUAAAUUCCCAAGUGCUUUUUUGACGUUUUCGAGUGUUUUUGCGGAUUUUAGGAGAAUAUAUAUCCCGGUCCCUAGUCAUAACUCAUAAUUAUACAUUAUACAGCGAUUUAGCCGUUUAACAAUUAUAGAAAUUUAAUUGUAAUGAAAACUGUAGAAAAUUAGCUUAAGCUCUUAUUCUUCCCUGGGACCAAAUAUUAUAUUAAUAUUGUAUAGGUAGGUACGCGCAGGUACAUAUUUGUAAACACACAAAUGCAUGUUUUCGAUACAACAAGAUAAAUUACAAAUCGAUCGAGUAACGGUUAUUUUUAAAUAUUAUAUGAUUGGUGCACAUAGCGAUAUCACGGCCGUAUUAAGUAUGUACCGUAUAAUUCCUUUAAACUAGAUGAUUUAAAUAAAAGAUAACCCGCUUGUGGAUAAAAUGUAAAUUUAUAAAAAUAAAAUGCAUAAUAUACAUAUUAUAAACGUAGGUAUACCUAACCUACCUAUCUACCUGCCUACCUAUAUGUAUUAAAUAAUAUGGUGGUCGAGAAACGUUUACGUCAUAAUACAUUUACGUAAAAACCAAAAUAAGAAAACACCGGAACACGCGAUUCGACCGUGAAAUUUUAACGAUUUCACAGAGGUUUUUCGACGUGGCGUAAAGUGUAAUAAAAUUAUUUUUAAUAUAUACUAUAAGAAUAUUCAAUAUUUACUUACAAAUAAUAAAGUUUGUGUUUAUAAAAUAUUGAAUGAAUAUAGGAAUUUCGGGGAGGGGCGGGGGGACAGAAUUAUUCGUCUUCAACCGGUUAAGAACUUAAGUGGAUUAUGACGUUGAUGCAAAUUAACUGUAAAUUCUCGAGUUUAUAGUAAAAACUACGUGUACCUAAUUAUAAUAAGUUAAAUAAUUAACUGUAAAAAUUAUAAUUUUUAACGAUACUUCAGGUUGUAAAAACGUAUUAAACUAUUAAUUACAACUACUGUAUGCGACUAUAACUUUCUUAAAUAAUAAUAACUUAUACUUUACAAUUAUUAGGUGGCAAUCGAUAUUUAAUUAUUGUUAUUCAUUUGUCAUUGAAUAAAAAUAUGUAAUAAAAUAUUUUAAUUAAAUUAAAUAUUUUAUAAUAUGUUCUAGCGAAGAUUGCGCGGAAAUAACUCGUUUGGUACCCAUUCGAUAGCAAUCUAUUUGGCAGUCCGAUAUAAAUCGGAACGGAAGACUGACACAAAAUAUAUGCCCUUUAUUAGCAUUUUAACUUUCAAGCGUGAAUGACGUACUGGUUUUACUAUGACGCACGCUUUUUUUUUUUGUCUACCUAUGAAAAAUUUGUUUACCAGAAUUCUUAUUUCCAAUAAAAACUUUGGUGGUCAUUUCUAUCUUUUCUAGUAGCGAAUUUUGUCUAUAAUUGAAGCACUAGGUCGUUUUUUAAGCGUUUAAAGUUCAAAUUUUUAUAACGGCAUUUCACGUAUUAUUUUCUGAUUUAUCUGAACACAAUAUUUUUGGCUCCACAAAAAUGGUAGAACAUUGAAGACAAGAAAAAAUGUAAUUUAUAUUUUGUUAUAGUUACAAAUGAACACAAUUUUUAAUUUAAAUUUAUCUUAAGCUCAAUAUGUUAAUAUGCUAAACUGAACUCCUCGCUCAGUAUCGAUUUUCGUUAGCAAUGUCGUUGCGUACAACAACAAGUGUACAACUAUAAAUUAAAUUACCCAUCCCGACUAUCUGUGUAGAACAACAGUAGCACAGUCAUCAAGAUGAAAAAUAUAGCGUCUCAUUUUUUAUUAUUUUUAAAAAUGAAUUCUCAUUUUGAUAUAAUAUUUUCAAAUACAGAUAAUUAAAAUUAUUUAUUUUUUGAAAAUAUGAACGUCUUGUAUUGAUUUACGAUUUGCGUACUCGUGUUUCAUAUUUUUCUAAUCUAUAUAGAAGACGUAAUACAAUAUCAAAUUAUUAUUAACUGAAUAAAAUAAAUAGGUAUAUGUUUAUGUAGUACUUAAUACGCUCAAUGUGUGGCACACCCAGGAACUUUCAAUGUGGAGGAUUGUAGUAAAUAUAAUCAUAGAUGAAUAAAUCGCUCAACCUUGUUCUGUUGAAAUAACCUAAUCCGAUAGCGAGAAUUUCAAAGCCGGAUCAAAUAAAGUAAAUUUUUAUUCUAUAAAUCAAACUUCUGUACUAGUAAUUUGGUUAAAAUAUAUACAUAAAAAUCACUCAAAUAGUUAAUAUAUUUUCAAGCCAAUGGGGGAGGAUAUGACUCCUAACAUCCCCGUUCUGCGCACGCUACUGAUUACUACUAUAAAUACCACGCUCGAUUUUUAGAUUUUUUUUGCUUUCUAGGUUCGAGGGGGGGGCGUAUAGGAUCUUAUAACCUGAAAUUAACGGCCGAAUUCCAUUUAGAAUGAUUUUAGAUUGGUUUUAUAGGUUUUAUAAUGAUGUUUAUUUUUUUUUUUUUUUAUGUGGACAAUUUUUUUACCAGUAAUAUUUUAUUCCGAUUUUCCAGUAUAGAACUUUUUCUCAAAGGAAAUCUAACAAAGGUUGUACUUUAAGAAGGUCAUUUAUUGAUUUCCCUAGCUGUUCUAAUAAUAAAUGGGAAAAACCGGGAAAAUAGGUACAAUAUUAAACGAAUAUCAUUAAAGAAAAUACAUAAUUCAUAUUAUAUAAUUAUUAUUUGACAUAUAUAUUGUUGACAAAGAAACACUAUUAACUCCGCUCCGAAUAGGUUUAUCGUUAACAAAAGUUAAUCGUUGCGUACAGAUAUUACACAUUCAAUUUCCCCUCUAUCUUUCCAACUUCUCACCUACAACAUUUUUUUCUUUGAUAUAAUUAAUCGUCGUUUUCAGUAUUAGUUGCAUCAGCUUCAGGUGUAGGACGUAGGUAUAUGUUUAUAACAUCAGUUUAUAACUGAUUUACCCUACGCCGUACCAAGUAUAUAGUUACCGCCAAGUAUCAUAAUAUAUCCGGUUUUCUUUUCAUUUUUUUUUUCUAGCAGAUACAAUUUCCAAAUUCCUUCGCUAUCAGUAAUAAUGUGUUGUAAUUUAUUGUCGGCGGCGUUUAUGAAAGGCAGCCCCCAGCAAAUAAACGAUAAACAAAAUACUAGUCGAACAUUAUUGUAUACUAUAGUAUACAAUACAUACUUACAUGUAUGUAAGUAAUAUGUACCUAAUAAUUUGUUUUUCCAGAGGCAUGCAGAAGGCGGCCGGCAAAGUGAACUGGGAAGACGUGGGCGUUUGCCGGACGUUGCGCAAAACCUACGGGCUGGACUCGCGUCAAGCGCGUAUUUGCAAGUCUUGGCGCCCGGUCAUGCAGCACGUUUCCCGGGCCGCAGCGCUAGCCGUGGUCGCCUGCCAGACGGUCUUGCAGAACAGACGGUGGAACUGUUCGUCGGUCAGGGACGCGCCGAGACUCACGCCGGAGCUAGCCAAAGGUUGAAAAACUCGUUUAUGGUUUUAUUUUUUUAUUUUUUCCAGUCGCGCGUUCCGUUUCGAUAUUACGAGUGUUAUACGUAUACGAUUUUUUUUUUUGUUUCUACUCUCACCCGUCUAUCGUGUGAUCUUGUACCUCGUGUACGCGAUAAUACAAUAUAUUAUAAACGCUAUACCGGGUGAUUCAUUAACGACGUCGAAUUAUUAUAAUGUUUCAAUAGUUUUACGUUCAGUAAUACGCUGACGUGCGCUUGAAUUCGUGAAAUUCCCGAGAACCCGUUGACACGCUCGUAGUAUACACGGCCGUUUUCAUUGCCGUCGGGUUGUCGCGGCGUUAUGGUCGGCGAAGACGCGAACGAUUUCUUCUUCCUACUUCGGUCCGGUACAAUCGCGCGGGAUCUGUAAACUCGGGACUUACCACGCGACGCAUCAUCACACCUGCAACACCGUCGCGGAGAGACGAGAAAAAAAACCAGCCAAGGUGUGAGCUGCGCCGUAUUAAUGUAUAAAAUCAGUCGUUUUGACGGGCGAAAUUUAUUAGCCGCGCGAUCCGUGUUAUACUAUGCGUUUAGGGUUUAGCCACCCUCCCCCUCCGAAAUUUUUUCCUAAAAUAAAAUUGAACGAUUUUAAAUACCUACAUUACAUGUUCUGAAACUUGUACAACGUUCUCGUGCCGCUGCGAUAACAAGACACGAGUAAACGAAAACGUAUAUUUUAGAUUUAAUAUAUUGAGUUGUAUAAGCGAUAUCUAAUUUACUUUCGUAAAACCCAACGUAUGUUGGGUAUAGCUCUAUUGUAAUUUAAUUAUACAUUUUAAUUAAAGUAGAAAUGUAAGAUAAAGUAUAGUUACCGACAUUUUUGAAAAAAAAUAUCACGUUCGUAGUUUAAAUAAUAAUUGUGUAGUUUCAUACUUUAUACAUACUCCCUCCACAAAAAAACAAAAAAAAAUAAAUAAAUAUUUUGCUGGCCAUCAACGCCGUGGCCACCAUAAAUAUAUUAGGUUUUAAUAUUGGUAAACACAUUCCAAUGUCGAAAUUUCAAAUUUUCGUCAACCCGUUGACGAAAUAUUCCACUUUUAAGUUUGCGUAGGGGGGAGUAGUGGAGCUGCGCUAUUCAACCGUCACGCUGCGGUUCAAAAUGCUGCGAGAUUUGCACUGUGCAGUAAUCAAAAUUGUAUUUAGCAUAUUUUGGAUUAUCAGAGCGGAUCUGUAUACUUAAGGAGUACGCUGGUACAUUUUUACAAACAUUUUCAACGAAAUAAUCGUCCGAUAUUUAUAAAUAAGGCAGGUGUAUUCAAAAACUCUCGUAUAUUAUUGUUCGGUGGUCAACAAAAUAUCCAGUUUACACUUUUUUCGUCGAAAUUCGUUUCACGACCUAUUUUUCAUAAAUAUUUUAUUAUAAUAUUUUUCAUAUAAAUCCAAAUACCACUGAUACACUGAUCGCUGUAUCUCCAAAACCACUCAACGUACGCAUGUUAACAUUUUUGAACUUAUUAGACACCCGGACUUCAGAGUUAAUUAUUAUUGUUCCGUAAAAUUACUCUACAAAACGUAUACACAGAUGAUAUCUUCUGAAUCUAACGCUGUAACACGAGUAUCUACUGUCGUUGUUUUUCGUAAAAUAUUAAAAUUCGAACGAUUAGCGCACAUAAUGCAUGGGCGAGCGAACUUCGAGACCGGACGCGUCAAUAAUGAAAUACGUAUUGCAUACGUUUCCCGUGUUAUAUUUAUCACGUGAUUUCGCGCGCGCGUAUGUUACAACCGCGAUAAAAAUUUAAAAUUUAAAACGCAGGUGUCUGAGAGCAUCAUUUGCUUUUUUUUUAUUUUUAAUUCUAUUUUUUUCCCUCCGCUCUGCAAACGCGCAUAAUGUUACUGCGUUUGUGCGGGUAAUACAUCUCUUCCACUCUGGAAACACGCGUGACAAGUCGAACGCAACCGCGUUCCUGCAGUUGUCAUAUUACAUCCUCCGCCGUCGCCGUCACUUGAUACACCUAUAAUACCCGUAAUACCCGUUCGAACUCCGUGCAUACGCGAGAGGAAAAAAAAAUACCUAUCCGCCUGUAUUAUGCGGCUCGCGUGCGUUUUUUUUUUCUUUUUUCAUACACACCUACGUAAUAUUAUAUGCGCGAUGGUGUACACAUAUAUAUAAUAUAAGAACGCCGUCCGCGCGAACUAUCCGCAAUUCACCGGAAAAACGAGAAUUUAAAAUAAAACAAAAUCCAAAAAUCUUUUACGCGUUUUAUCCGCGGAUUCGAUCAGACAAAACGUGGCGUAAAGACGAAAACGAGUCGUGGCCGCCGAAAAACCGUGAAAACCGCAUAAUUGUACGUUUUUACUUGCGCGAAUACCCCGAAGACCAGUUUUGACCGACGUCCGUUUUAAUUAACGUCACGGUGGUGACAGCCGAGCGAAUGUCGAAUUCGAUUUUAAAUACAUACCGAAGAGUGACCGUACAUUCGAAUGUCUCGCGAUUUAAACGUUUAUUAUAAUGUAUUCAUGUCCAAGGGCGUAGCCAGGUAGGGGGGAUGUGGCCCCACACCACAUUGGCUGCGUUUUUUUUUCCGGCUAUUUAAGCCAAAUUUUCAAGCAAUUUUCUGUUCGGUCGAAUAAUUGUAUACGCAUCAUACCGAAUAAAAAAUAAAAAUAAAUUGAUCGGUUUUGACGGUUUUAGGGUCGAAAACUGAAGUAUUGUAAAUUUGUAACUGCACCGGGACCGCAGAAGCAAUUAAUUGUCGUACAACGAACAGAGAACGGUCAUCGGGGGGACUGGCUCCGAUCAAUAACUUCAUAGAAAUCAUAAAUACCCCAAGGAAAUUUCAUAUUGUUUUAAUAGUAUUUCGGUCUUUUAAAUUUUAGUGUGGUCGUUUUUUAAAUUUCUCGUACCUACUUUUCCUAAUAAAAAGAAAAACUGAAGAAUUUUCGGUUAGAUAUUUUUCCUAAAUUUAAAAUGAAUAUUUUAAUAAGUUUUAACUACGAAAAAAUUGAAAUUUGCUAUAAUUGUUAUACUUGAAACUUGAACCGACUUUAAAAAAGUUAUACUUAUAACUACGCCACGCGCCGUCAAUAUGUGUUUACAAACUUCAAACAAAAACAUAUUCACGUAUUUAUCAACGUACUUAACUAUUCUUUAUUUUACUCUGGUAAAAAAUAAAAUUGUAAAAAAACACGAACUAAGAGUGGGGAGCGAUUCAAAUAUUGGCUAUAGCCCCCCCCCCCCUUAAAACCGCCACUGCCGGUGUUUUCGUUUAUUUUUUUUUCUGAUAAAAACGAUCACGAAAUUACAGAGCGCAUGUUUAACGCACUCCAUGUCUCAUAUAAUGGACGUACCUUUAUACUUACCAAUAAAAAUCGAAAUAUUUACUUUUUACUUUUUGUAUUAAUGUAAAUAUUAUAUUGUUUUCACGAAUAUUAGGUUAUACACGCGCAAGCGACUCGUAAAAUCAUUAAUAUGAAACGUCGGUAGCGAAAUAUACACGGUUCUUAAUGGAACGACUUCCCAUACCUAUACACAAUGUGUACACCCAGUGGCGCCGGACCCUGUAAUCAAACGGUCUAAUUUCUGCGGAAAAAUACACGUUAAACUGACAAAAUCGUAGAUAGUGCCUACCUAUACUAUGUAUAGAAACCGCUAAAGACAUAAAGGUCUGCACAUGAUCAAAUUUUAAACAUUUUAAAAAACGCCUCAAGCUGCACCUUAGCAGAAUUUUAUAAUAUUUAAUACAAUUAUUGUAUAGAAACCUAUAGACAACGUAUUUAUAGGAUCUAGUAAAAAACGACAAGGGUAAAAUACCACAAGGUAAAACACGUCAAAUGCAUUUUACUUAAAAAUUACAAACAUUAAUUUCAAGUCAAUUAAAGCCAAUAAAAUAAAAAUAAUAAACCAUAAAUAUCGUAUAGUAUAUUAUGCCACAGCCAAUAAAAAUUUGGUGUAUUUCUUCGACCACUUAAAUAUUCUCCACAUAAUGUUUGGAAUGUAUUCUGCAAUUCGGCAUAGAUUUUUAUUUUGUUUUUUUUUUUUAAAGAUCGUGCACAAGCGUGAUGCUUUCGAAUUUCGGUGAAUAUUUAAAAAUAAUAUAUUUAACCCCCCUCCCCCCGGGAAAAAAGAGUGUGCCUUUGGAAUAGCCAUACGAUGAAAGUUAUUUGAUCGGAGAUCAGCAGCCUACCAUUAUUAUUUGAUAUCCACUAAUAUUUGUAAUUUUUUAAUAAAAUACAUAUCGUUUUUGCCUUGUUGUUUCUUUCCGGUUACCGUAUCAAAUACUAUAACGUCCAUUUUAUUAAAAUAUGGAAUGUAUAUUUCGAGUUUAUUUUCAGAGACUUAAGUAGGAAUUUUUAUCUCACUAGAAAAAUGUUGAUACUUGAACAUAUUAUGUGUCUUUUCUGCACUUAGCGAUUCAUACAUAUUCAAACAUCUAAAUGUAUAGUUAUUACGCACUUUGCGAAAACCGACUUGUGAGGGAUUUCCCCCAUCAUUCAUCAUUCGUGGGCGCCCAUAAAUGGGAACAUUUGCCCCCUCCCCCGUUUAAAACAAAUAUUAGUUAUUAUAUUUGUAUGUUGAAAUAGCGUUAGACAUUUAUUUCGCCGCGUCCUGAAAUUUCGCCUAUGGACACCCAACCCACUCACGUGUCCAUACGAUUUCCCGUUAUUCUGCGUGCACUUUGCUAAUAAUAAUAGACCGAAUGUAUCGCGACCGCGGUACACGCAGUACUACAUGAACGAUAUAAUAAUAAGCGCGGUAACGGCGUUCGUCCAAGCUAAAGGUACGUGGAACGCGUUCCGCCGCGCCUGUACCUAUGUGUUUUUCCGGUAAAACGAGGGGGGUGGGGUGAGUCGGCGGGGAAGGCAUACACUCCCCCCCCCCGCCGUGUUCUGCGGUUCCCCUUCGGUAUUCGUACGUGUAUGACCGUAUCUAUGUAUAUCUGGCCUGGCCAACCCCAAAUUCGGGGUAAAGGCGAAUGAGAAGAAUAUGUCACGUAUGAUAUGUAAUUGUACAUACAUAAAAAUAAUAAUAAUAAUAGUUGUUGAGAAAUCAGCUUCAUAUCCCACUACCCCGUGACAAAAUGCGCAUGCGAGUACCGCAUGAUUGGUACGAUAUGACGGGAGAAACGCUCGAUUAUAUGACACGCUAAAUAUCAUUAUGCACUAUUAUAAUACUAAAAUAAAUGUCGUUUCGGGUAUUCGCAGGCACAAAGGAACAGUCGUUCGUGUACGCGCUGAGCUCGGCGGCGCUCACGUACACCAUGACUAGGGACUGUGCGUCCGGAAUGUUGCCGAGCUGCGGGUGCGGCACGCACCCGGACGACACGGACGGUACGUUCAAGUGGAGCGGGUGUGACGACAACGUGCGGUGGGGCGCCAAGUUCGCCAGACAGUUUGUGAAGAGCGAAAACCGGCCGCCCCGGUCGGCGGCGGUGAAGAGGUUGGCGGCCGCGGCCGGCGACGGCGAAUACGGCGGCGACGUCAUCGACAUGCCGGCCAACGUCAACGACGAGGCGGUGUUGAGCGAACAGAGAGCCAUGGCCAUCGUUGACGAACACAAUUACAGAAUAGGCCGAAAAGUAACUAUACAUUAAAAUAAGUACAGACCUGCACAUACUGUAUUAUACGACCUAUUUCAUAUUGUAGGUACAUAAUACACACAAGUAAAACAUCUUUGUAACGGAAACGCUCGGUACACCAACUGAUUGUUCCGUUAUAUGGAGACUAAAAUAUACGAGGAAAUACAUAGGUUACUGAGAAAUGUUGUUGUUUUCCGUUUUACGGAGAUUUCCUCCCCUUAUAGCGGGUCCGUUACGUGCAGGUUUUGCUCGUAACGAACUUAACGCCCGACGCAUUUGCGUUUCUUAAGAAAGUGCAUAAUAUACCGAUGUCUACGUAAUCUCAAUAAUCUACACCAGUGUUUCCCAACUUAUUUUACUCCCGGAACCUUUUCAGGAACUUGAAUAUUUGGCGGAAACCCCAUAUGGUUUUCACAACCCUGGUAACGCAGACAUAUUUUUCGGGUACUAAAAUGAGUGGGCAGUCCAAAAUUUCCGGCGAAAUUUUUGUAAUCGAUUUUCAUGGCAGUCUAGAACUCCUCAAUUGUAUUUAUAAAAAAUAAUCAAAUCGAAAAUUUUGUUUACUAAUUUAUUUUUCCCCAAAUCCUUCGCGGCACUCUUGACGCUGAUUCAUGGAACCCCCAGGUUCCGCGAACACACCAGUUGGAAAACACUGGUCUACACUCCCGUUUGCCCGUUAUCCGUUCAAAUAAUCUGACUGACUGAACACGAAUUCUCCGACAACUUGAAAGGUCGAUUUCAACAUUGCUCCGGGCCGGGUUGGGAUAAUUCGCACUUAAGAUCCGUGCGGAGUGAAUCCCGGAAAAAAAACAAUUUUAAAACUUAAAAUAUAAUAAUUAUUAGAAAAAAAUAAAUAAUAUACGUCAUAUCAUAUUAUAAAACUAGAACGCCUAGACACUUUAGUGACUUUUGACACACUAAAUUUGGUUCACCUAAAUAAUAGCAUGAAAGUAUAUGAAAAGGUCUAAAUAAGCAAUUUCCAGUAAUAAAAAUGGAUUUUAUGCCACCAUAGUUGGUAUAUUGUGUUUACGUAAUACUCGUGUAUAAAAAUAUACCUAUCACGCACAGACGAAGAAUGAAAGGAACACUGUGUCCCACCGUGUUCGACGGAUUUUACUAGCGCUGUUAAAAUUAACAUUUUUUUUUUUUCAAUCUGUUUGUCUUUGAGGGGGAGACAUCGGUUUAGAGAACUACUCGUAUUUAUCAGUCAUGAAUGUGCGAUACAUUAACAUUUUUUACAAUAUGGCUAUUUUUAAAAUUUUCUACAGUGAAUAAAUAGUUAUUGUUAUUUUUUUUUUGUUUGUCUUUUGUCCCCCUCAAAGAUGAACCGAUUGCAAAAAAAAUCGAAAAAAAUUUAAUAUUAACAGCGCUAGAAAAAUCCGUCACAUACAGUGGGACACACUAAAUGCAGUGUUUCAAUAUAUUGAAACCACUCAUUUUGAACUUUUUUGAAAAUACAUUUUUUUGCGCAUACAUUGUUUACAAUUAAAACAAAAACCAACAUUUUUCAAAAGAAGUAUACUUUUUAUAAUUUUCAUAAUUAACUAAUAUAUAUUUAAAAUGUUAAAAUUUUUCCUUUGUUUUUCCACUGAUUACUGUGUGGAGCACCAGAUGCACCUAAAUAGUGUGUUAGACAGAAACGGUGAAUAACUUUUGGUUUUAAUUCCAAUUGGAAUCUUAACAUGCCCGGACCGUCGUUCACGCUAGUCGGGACACGGCUGAUCGGGAGCAAACCCGUCUCGGGAACCCGGAACAAUAUUUUUUUCGCUUCGGACGCCUGUACGCUAGCGCAAAUUGGGGAGCUCGGGGACACUUAGUCCUCUCAAAUCGAGUGUUAUCAAGUAAAUACUAAGUAUACAUAGUUAUCCGUGUUAUCCGUGGUUAGCGGGUUUUAGUGUUAUCCAAGGAAAAUACAUGAAAAAUAACGUGAAUUAAGGAGCUCUAUUAUAUUAUUAUGUACACAAUAUAUUCCCGGGACUGGUAAAUUUUCAAAAUUUGUAUAGGUCCCUAGAGUGUUUUCUAUAAUCCACCGAUGGCACUACAUUGUAUAAUAAUACGCAUCGAUAACGACAACUGUGGAGUUUCAAUAACGAUAAAUUGGUUUAGUGUUCACCCGCACGAGUUUAUAAUAUUGUUAGGGCUGUUCCGAGGGGGGGGGGUGGAUCGGAGGUAGGACCGUUUUGCCGCAGGCCCCACUUUUGCAAUUAGUUUUUGAGGCCACUCUUAAAGUCUUAAUGCAUAAGAUGAUAAUACAUGUUAUGAUUUAGGAUUAUUCAAUAUUAACCAUUCGGACCAAUUAUUUAUGAAAUCGUUAUGAAGUAUCAACUAUUCGACGAUAUGUCGUAUCUGGAGACUAGUCUGUUAUAAUUGUAUAAGUAACUAUAUAAACAGAGCGCCCGCGGGAAAUGAAUUUUCAGGAAGACGGAGGGGCAGUGUCUUAGUAAAGUUUCGAAUGACCCUUUUUCUUUUCUUUUUUUUUUUUUACGCGUAAAUAACCAUAAAUAAGAACAUGCCUGGGCCCUUUGACGACCAGACCGGCAUAUAGGGACGAGGGACAUAAUACAAAAUUGAACACCAAACGAUUAUACAAAUUAUCUAAUUAUGGCAAAAUAUAGUUGAAAUUUUGAUAUCCGAUGGGGUCAGGAGGGGGGUGAUGGGGCAGAUGCCCCGUAUUGCCCAUGUAAACAGGCGACGUUUUCACUAAUCGCGGGUAGGCCGCGCGCCCACUGGAUGCGUUUUCGUACGAAUUUGAUUCACGCCAACUCGUAUACGUAUACGCACGAACGAUCCCGACCUACCUGAUGCUAUGUGAGCGCGCAGAUUGGGUGCGAGUUGUCCGUACGUAAACGAUCCGAACUUGAUCGUUCGUUCGCACCACGUCCAUCCGCGCGAACCGGGCCAGCUUGGAAAAAAUCGCGGCUCUGUGCAGUAAUUUUUGCGGGACCUCAAUAAUAAGCUUCUUUUAUUUUUAUUUUUUUUUUUUCGUUUUUCAUCUUCUAAUGUCGAACGUAGAUACAUUUUUACAAUAAAUCUAUUUUCGGUUCAUUGAUUUUAAUUUGUAUUAUCCUAAAUAACCAUGUGAAAUUACUAUUUAGCUAAACCUUUUACUAAAAUGCGGCAAUAUUUGAAAAGGUGUGGAUAUGUAAUAUACGAUAUGUUAAUAAUAUUAUUAUAAUAAUAUAUUAAACUGUGAUUAAUAAGAUAUAAAACAUGUAUACAUGUGAUAAAAAUUUAAAUGAUUGAUCGAAUACAAUAUUUAGAGCUGUGUUCAGCUAUCUGUCGAUAACACUUUUCCGACAUUACAAUAUAAAGUCGAUAACCGAUCUGAUAUUUUAUUUUCUUGUAACAAUGAACCGAUAUAAAAACUGCUAUUUUUCCAAAAACAAAUAACUGAUAUGUACACCGUGAGACGUCCCUGUUCGGUCGGCCUUGUUUGAGAGAACCGACCCGAGCGCCCAGCUGACUACACGCCUAGAAGCAAGGUCGCCGACCUAGGAACGAGGUCCGAAGACCGGAGUCCUAGGAUUUUUGUAAGGAGGGAAGGGAAAAAGGAGAAUCUAAAUAAAUAAACACGUGUUUUCUUUUGAGGAAAAUAUACAAUUAUUUUAUUAAUUUGUCAAUCAAAAAGUAAAAUUAAGUUAAUGAAACAGAAAAGUACAGGGGCAUAAAAACUAUCACCUGAAAGAAAGAAAAUGGAUAAUAGGUAAAAUUCUGACAUUGAUAUAUAUAUAUAGGAUUAUAGACAAAUAUCUCCAAACAACUUUUAUUUUAAAUACAUAUAUAUUAACUAGGGCAUGAACCAGUCUUAAAAUUAUUGUCCGGACGCAGGUAGUGACAUAACAGGGAGCCUGCAGGCUGGGACUCAUUAAUAUUUAUUGAUAAUGACGAAUACACAUCCACGUAUGUGUGCUGACCGAUAUGGGUAUAGACCGAGACGGACACCCAACUGGAACUCUCGUGGGCACCUUAGGUAUUGGGGAGACCCCGGAAGGAAUGUGCGGUUGCCAGGUCACACAAAUUACCACCGGGAAGGGUAGCGGAGAUGCUUUUUAUUCCAUGUUGACCGGUUCGUAGUUUUGGUGGCCCUACGGGUGAACUUGCGGGGUGCGUCCGAAUAUGGAUCGCGAAGUGGGGAAGAUCGAUCAAUAUAUAUAUAUAUAUUCCUUUUUAAGACGCUCACACACGUGGUUGCGAAAACUAGCACUUAGAAGGAAUAGAAAAUAAAAAACAAAAUGCGGAGGUUUGGCCUAUCGUACAUAGGAUGUAAAACGCGGGGAUUAGUAUAAUGAGACGGACACACAAAUCUAACUGGUUAAUCCCCGUAAGUAUAUCGGAAGGAUUUAACAUACGAGAAAAAAAAACAUUUUAGAUAAAAAUAUUUAUACGGAAAAACCUUAAUUAAAUUACCUUAAAAACUAACUAACAGGGUAUCGGCCAAUUAUUAAAUCACAUAUAUAUUACCAUUCGUCCCGUCCGAAGAUGUCCGCCCAGCGGACCAGAUCGGGACUCACUUCAUUGGUUCGUUUGAGGCACCAUCAUGAAACGUGCCAAGGUACACGACCUUUUCUUGAUGGCAAAAUAUAUGAAUCCGUGCAAUACACGGGAGUGUUUUAUUAAGAGAACUGUAUCGAAAGACCGUCUGGUGACAAAGUCUCGAGGCGAGGUAUAGACACGAAGAAAGAAAGGAACGAAUACAAAAAGAGAACUAGGUAGCGGAGCGCGGAGACGUUCGUGGCACACGUCGCCGCGGGCCGACGUUUUUGGCGUUAAGGGGAAACGUGAUCUGAUUGGCCGUUAACCCGUAGUUAGGAAUAUAUUAUUAUUGCGAAUUGCAACAGAUUGCGAUCGCAAAAACCUUUGCGCGGGGGGGAAUUAUUGCUCAUGGUGACAUAACAUAUCUGUCGACGCGGGUGUAAUCUAUAAACCGGUCGACCAUAUCAAUUGUAGGUAUGCUUGUCCGUUGAUAACGAAAAAUGAUCGUGUUUGGACGUUAACCGAUAUAAAUCGUAGUUUUUCGAGUUUAUUAGGAGUGUCUAUAACAUAAUCCCUAGAACCACCAUCAUUAGCUACAAAUUUAUAUGCGACUGCCACUGUACAUUGUAUCAGUUCCAAAAAAAAAAAAAAAGAGAUUGAUUCCUGGUAUAUACCAGGUAAUAAACCUAUAGUACCAAUAUCGGCAUGUAUAAAUAUUGGUUAUUAUUGGUAUCGGCCCAGUCCUAAAAAUAUUACAGACAAAAUUACAUUUUUGCAAGAAAAAUACAUGGUAAAUUAAUUUAAACUAUUCAGUAUAUUAAACUGCAUAAAAUGGAAAACCUAACCCAUUGAAUUGAAAAUAUAUUUUUGUAAAAGGAUUGUGUUUUUAGUUUCAACAACUUUUACUCUCUCUAGAUAGUCAUGUCAAGUAUGAAGACCCAUUGCAAGUGUCACGGUAUGUCAGGAUCGUGCAAUGUAAAAACUUGUUGGAGGGGUUUACCAAACAAAUUCAUCACGGUGGGUGUUAAGUUGUUAAAAUUAUACAACAAAUCACCUGAAUCACCAGUUAAAGUGGGAAUGGUUCAAGUCAUACAGUCCGGAAUACCUAAACACACCGAAAAUUCAUUAGUUUACAUUACUGAAUCUUCAGAUUAUUGUAAUUACGAUCCAAGAGUAGGCAGUUACGGAACAGUUGGCAGGUGCGGAAUAUAACAAAUUGAGAUAUUCCUGAUCAUUUUAAAAAUUAACUUUUUUUUUAUAAUUUUUUUUUUUGUUUAUAGAAAAUGUAACACCACAAUAAUCGGGAAUGAAAAUUGUCUUACCAUGUGCUGUGGUCGAGGUUAUACUACUCAAAUUAUUGAACAGACCGAACGUUGUCAAUGCAAAUACCAUUGGUGCUGUUAUGUCAAUUGUCAAAACUGUACUAGCCUAGUAAAGAGGCAAAUUUGUAAUUAAUUAUAACAAUGCAUUUAUUUAUUCAUCAAGUGUAUUUUUUUUAUAAAUAUAAACAUCAUACAAUUAAUAAUUAAAAAUACAACUGGACAGAUUUGAACAGUUAAAAUAAAUGUAUUAUCUUUAUUAAAUAAAUUGUUAUUGAACAAAUAAUUAUACAAUUAAAAAACAAACCAACAAUGAAAAAAUAAUGAAACAAUAAAAUGUUGGUUUGAAAAUAGUAAAAUAUAUCGGCACAUUACCAUUAUGAAACUGGAGAUCAUUUGAAUUUUUACAGUUUUCAAAUAAAAUCCAUUAUAACUCUGUGUGCACUUCUGGUUCU